CGUCGUCGUCGUCGUCGUCGUCGUCGUCGUCAUCGUCAUCGUCGCUGAACGCGAUACAUACACGCGCAACUCACGUCCUCCGCGGGAGUCGGCGAGUCCGAGGGGGAGCGCGAUGGCGGACUUCGACGCGAUCUACGAGGAGGAGGAGGAGAACGAGCAGCACCUGGAGGAGCACUACGUCGCGAUGGUUCCGGACCCGAUCGUGAUCCGCGGGGCUGGCAACAUGACGGUAUUCGGUCUCAGUAACCGUUUUGAGUCGGAGUUUCCCAACGGCCUCAUGUCCCGCGUGGCUCCAGAGGAGUUCAAGGCGACCGUGAUGAGAGUGAACAGUGUACUGAAAAAGACUUUACCUGUCAACGUUAAGUGGUUAUUCUGCGGUUGUGUAUGCUGUUGCUGUACUCUAGGAUGUUCUCUGUGGCCUGUCAUUUGCUUGAGCAAGAGGACUCAGCAUUCGUUAAAUAAAUUGUUAGAAUGGGAGAACAGUAGGCUCUACCACAAACUCGGUUUACAUUGGAGGUUGGCGAAACAGAGAUGCGACAGCUCCUCCAUGAUGGAAUAUGUUCUUUUGAUUGAAUUUAUUCCAAAGAUUCCAAUCUACAGGCCCGAUUAAGCAAUGUGAAAUUGUGCAAUUAGUAAUACAUAUUAAUGCAAAUAAUCGAAACGCAAUGUGCAACUGCGGAGAGAAAAUACAGAGAAGAUAAAAGUGCCGCUACGAUGAUAUAGGUACUUUUCUGGUACUUAUGUAUAAUGCAUAUUUUUGUAAAUAUCAUGGGUAGGAAUGCACAGUACAAUAAUUCGACGUAACGGAGAAUAGAUCACGUUUCGAUUAUAUAGGAAGAAAAAGGACAGCUGCUAUUUCUUUACAAUUAAUUUAAAACGGGGGGGGGGGGUGAAAAUAUUGCGAACGAAUCGAAUGAUGAUUAUUUUCUCGGAGAUAUUCUUCAUAUUCGUUUGAAAUCAACGCGUCAAUCGUCAGAUUCACGCGCGUCACUUUCUGUGUUUUUAAAUUCUUUUGCGCUGAAAACUACUCGACAGCUUCGUUCAGUCGUUGCGAAAGUAAUAACGUUUUCUUUUCUUUUCGCCGAGUUCCUCGCAACGUUUGAUAAUCUGUAACUCGUCGACUAGAGUUUAAGCUCUUUCAGGGUAAGAAAUUAAUCUGAUUCAGUACAACGAACGUGUUAAAGUAUGACAAACAAAAUGAGUCACGCCAAUCAAUCUGUCUAAUCGUGCAUAAUGCAAUAUAUACGCGCUCGCGCGCGCGCGCUCAUGUUGUACAUACGUACGUGUACAUACAUAGAAACUUAUUUUAACUACAUAGGUUAAUUUCUUACCACGGUGAUAUUAGAAAGUAUGAUGUGUAAAGCGCGGCUUUACUUUCCGAUACGAAUUUCACGAGAAUAUUUUAACACGGACGAAUCAUUCAGAGAUCGAGAAGCGUGUCGAGGCGCGCUAUUAAAAAAAGGUAUCGACGUAGAUUUUAGAAGAAGUGUAGAUCAGCUGAUAAAUAUAAAGAUAUAUAACGACGAGACGAAAUUUCAAUUUCGAAACGCAUCAGUCUGCAAUAGGGCAAACAGUAGUACACAGCUGUAGAAUAGCAUCAGCGCAAUUAACUUGGGCACAGAAGGACAUAGGGAAUACUGUAGAAGACUGCCAUGAACGAGCUCAUUGAUUCUUGCUUAUUAAUAAUGAUAAAAAAAAAUGUUGAACAUUAUCACGUUUUUACGCAUACGCGCCGCAUGAUCUUGCGCGUGUGACCUUAGAUGAAUGAAUUAAAAAAACUUAGCGCACGGACAUUUCUUGUCACAUAUCCUGUUUUCCUUUUAAGCUAAUGUUUAAACUAGUCUUAAGAAAGAAUGGUGAAAUUGUUCAUUAAAAUAAAUUUUAAUUUUAUGGAUGAUAA